AUGUCAGCACCCAGCCCUGCCAGUUCGGCCCCAGCAAAGCGACCAAGACCGGUGAUUUCCUGCCUGGAGUGCAGACGGAAAAAACUGCGUUGUUCUCGUUCGCAUCCUUGUCAACAAUGUGUCAAGAUUGGACGUCCUGGCAGGUGUCAAUACCAGGCAGGUCAAGAACCCGAGCCAAAUAUCGACUUUUCAGCAACUUUGAGUGUGCCGAACAAGCGACAGCAUCUGGAUCAGCCUGGUGAAAACGACCGGGUGCGAAAUGGUUCUUCUAACCACGAGCCACCCCUGGCGCAGCGCGGUGUCAUUGAAGAUCUCCAGGACCGAGUGACCAGGCUGGAGCAGGCACUGCUGGAUCAAAGGGCUGCUCGCAACGUCAGUCAAGAACCGUCAAUUCACCCUUUUUUUGAUGUUCACCCUGCAAUACCCUCGAAUAAGCUCAUCCAAAUGAGUUCGCAGUUCAAGGAUGCGUGUGCGUUCAUGGUCAAGCUGCAGAACGAUUCGACUACGCCUGGGAUGGUUGCACUGCGAAAAAGGUUGAAAGACUUGCACUACUCUGUCGAGAAGAAUCACCGCGCGCCGGGUACUGAGCAGCUGUCGGCUUCCUUGAUCAGCCAGUCUUCGCUCCAGCUGCCUCCAUUAGACGUGUGCGAGAAGCUGGCGGUCCUCUAUUUCGACAACAUGGAACACUGUUUCCGCAUCCUGCAUUUCCCCGAGUUCAGAGAUCAACUUCAUAUCUAUUUUUCAGAGGGCGAGCAGGCGUGCAGGUUUGGUUUUGUGCAGCAGCUGGUCGGGGUCCUCGCGGUCGCCGUCCUCCUCGACACUCAUGGCGAAUGCGCGGCCGCUCGGUCAUGCGUGGCUAUAAAGCCGGACGACGCGCUGCACUUCAUGAAGACCUUCCUGAGAGGCCUCCCGAAUACCGAGAGAUACCGCCUACCGGCUCUGCAGGUCAAGAUGCUUCUCCUCAUCUGCAGCUGGUUGAACUUGGAUCCCAUGGACGAUCUUUUUCGACUCAACGGCGAGCUUCUUCGCGAUGCCUUGGUCAUGAAGAUGGACCAAGACCCUGCGACGCUGCCGGGGAUCUGCGUGUUCGAAGGAGAACUGCGACGGCGCAACUGGAUGACCAUUGUCGAAUGCGACCUCAUGCUGUCGAUUCUGUGCAAGAUGCCGUGCCUGGUCCCUGGGUACACUUCCAGGCCACCCCGGAACAUCAACGACGAUGAAAUAUUCGAGGGCAUGGAGACGCUACCUCCCUCGCGACCCACGACGGUUUGGACUGAUGGCCUAUGCCAAUAUCUCCUCGCCCAGUCAUUCCUGCGCCGAGUCGCAGCGUGCAAGCAGAUGGACGAUGCGGCCCAUGUCAAGAUCCAAGACGUCCUCCAGCACACGCGGUAUCUGGAAAGAGUGCUCCAAGAACUUCCUCCGCCCCUCCGCUUCAACUAUACAGGCGACGCUGCAAGCAAGACUCCAGCUCGGUUAAUGGCCCGCAUGGAACUGGACAUCAGCAUCCGACGACCCCUGAUGCAUCUCUAUUCGCGCUGCAUUCUUUCACCCGACACGAGUGAGCUCGAGCAAGAAUUCAGGGGGUACCUCCAAAGCUGUCUCAUGAUCGCGAAUUAUCAGGACCUCUUCGAUCCGAGAUAUUCGGAGCUCAACGUCCCCCGACCGCAAGGGUAUUGGGACUUCUUCUACACUUGCUACAGACAGGAACUGGGCCACGCUAUCUUGGGGCUCUGUCUCGGAAUCAAGAAGCUCGGUCUCGCCGAGGCUCAGGCGGCCCCCUCGCAGCCGACAAUGCCAAUGAGUGUCGGGAACGACAGCGUCGUCAGGAUGCCCUCGUAUACCCUGGAAUCUCUGAUAUAUGCCGUCAAGGAUGGAUUGGAGCCCAUGGUCCGUCGUCUGCCACACCGCGGCUCCAAAGUCAAAGACAUUGUCUCUUACAACAUUAUUCUGACAUCGGUGCUGCCACAGCUCCCUACACGGACCAAGGAGGAGAUGAUCCUAGAAAGACUCCAAGAGCUCGUUCGCGAGUGUCGAGCCGAGCUCGAGCGAGCGAGCGUCCAGAUCAUUUCUGCUCCAGCCGACGAGUCGAGCGCCGAACCUCCGACAGACUACACGUCCUAUAACAUUGGUGCCAGUUUCGACCCCGUGUGGGAAAGUUUCCCCAAGAUGGAUAUCUUCGAAUGCUUCGAUCUCGACGAGUCGGAUAUCAGUGAAAGCAUCGAAUUGUCACCCUAA